CUCGCUCACACUGCGACAGGAGAGGUUCAGUCAGUCGGUCGGUGCCGCUGUCAGCCGCUGCACCACGUUGCGCCUCUCUACGGGCUUGUUCGGUAUCGUGACACAUACAUACGUAUACACGCAUAUAUACGAGCACGGUGCAGCCGGUGCAUCCGCGAUCAACCCUUCUCUCUGCCUCUUUCUGUCAAUUUUCGUCUGCCGAUCCCGUCGCAACCGGCCGAUCUCAGUUUCGAUUCCUCAGUUUCCCUUCCCCCGCCCCCCGAGAAAGUAGAGAUCACAGCGACUUGGAUCAGUAUCUCGGCGUGCCUCGCUUGAAAUCGCGAGCACACCCUUCCUCAACAACCCCCCGACGGCCGACCGAGGGAACACAUGUGCAUGCGGCGGGACGACGCACGAGGGACGAUGUGAGGCGGCGAUCGGCAGGCGCGAUGCAGCACGAAGGCAACGUGUUCCUGCCGCCAGUGCACGGACGGAGGUUGCUGGUAUAGCCGAGGCGUUCUACAACCACUCCAAGAGAGGCUACCUGUCAAUACGAGAAAGGCACGCCCCACUUUUUUUCUGGAUUAACCAUCGUGGACCAUGAAGAAGCCCUCUAUCAAGACGCUCGCGUGGACGUUUUGCCUGUCCACCCUCUUGUUCCUCCCCGCGAGAACAGGCGCCCUGGAAGAGAACUGCACAGACUUUCAGGGCGGCACUGUCAAACACGGCCUCCUCUAUGUUCCGGGACCUUCGGUCUGCAGUCUCUGCGUCUGCUAUCAUUCCGAGCCGAUGUGGUGUCAAGCCAUCUACUGCACACCACCGUAUAAAUGCAAAAGGUUCCGCGUGGGCGAGCGCUGCUGCGAGUUCGAGUGCCUGGACGAUGCGGACGACCUGAGCGGUCCGGACAUAUUCGAUGUGGCGGAAUCGUCGGGGAUCCGGCAUCAGAGUGUUCUCUGUCUACUCGGCCUGGUCGCGCUGCUGACGGUGCCCUAGUUACGACCGGACGGGUCCCGCGAUCAUCGUCGCCGCAGGCCUCACGCUCGUCGAAGGAAUUCGCCCGUUAACGAUAUUAGCGACCCGACAAGGAAGACGACGACGACGACGACGAGAAAAUUGUGCACGAGGAAUUCCGCAGACAGGUUUGGUUCAUACCGCGAGUACGCGGUGUUUUGGCGAACAGCACGUCCGUCGCCCAUCGCAAUUAGGUCAUUCUUUUGGAAAGGUGCGAGUUGAGUGCAGCGCGGACCGAUUUGUUUCCCUGAUCCACCGCGGUUGGGUCGAGGACCGAUCGAACGAUUUUCGCGAUAAUUCGCCGGAUAAAAGACAUAAUAUAGUUUUUACUGCGGAAGUGUGUCAGUAAGAGGAGAUCAUAUUUCAUCUCUCUCUCUCUCUCUCCUCUAGAGAUGCGACGCGCAUUAAACGUAAUGCAAAUAUUAUCGUUUUAUCAUUUCCGUUAUCAUAAUUUCAUCGCGUUUUCUCUCUCACGCAUACGCGCGUGAGCACAUUAAUUGAGAGGGAAAGAAAAGAGAGACGGAGGACUCUCGUAUCUUGUCGAUGUUUUCCCGGGGGAAAUUUAAAAAUUUCCAGACCUCGCGCGCGUCAGGUUCGGCGAGCUUUCCGAGAGCUCUUUAUUUCCGGGGGAUUUUGCCCGUGCUUCCUUUCGAAGCACGCAUUUUCUCGCAUUUCCCCACGUCCCUCAUCAAAUCCGCUGCGAUAACGCUCAUCAGAUACCACGCGGAUUCAACGGGUCGGAUUUGAAACUCUGCGCUCAUAACCAAACGUCGAGAAUGACGCUGGCAGCUCUUCUGGCCUAAUUCGAGAAUACACUCAGAUGUCAGCCACUGUCAGAGAAGGCAUACUGCACUCAGUCGCGCACGUUCCGGAGCAAAAUGUGCGGCCACGCGCGCGAUCGGAAAUGUCAUCGCGCAAAUCGACUCGAUCGGCUCUCGACUUGACCACCGCCGGGAUCCGCCCGAUACAAUCGUAAUCGGCGGUGCAUCGUGCAUCGAUUUAGCGGCCACGUUCCUCAAGAUCCGCGCUCUUGAUAGUACUCGCGUCGGACAGACAAUUGCAGACUGAAUUGAAAAACCGAUCGAGACCUCGCGCGGCACAUUUCGCGCGCGUUUCGUGUGCAUGUAUGCGUGUGUAUGCGAGCGAGCGCGUGUGUGAGUGGUCGAGUCGGCAGAAAUUUUUAUUUUUCCAUUGUCAAUAAACGAUGUGAUAACGAACGUGUCACGAGAUUAGUGCGCGAGUCCUUCAUCGACCAGCGCCGGAAAUCCGCUUCUCCUCGUCAGCUAGGUCGUACGUCUGUUUGUGUGUGUUACGUGUGUAUGUAUACGUUACGUUUGUGUAAUAUCCUUACGUUACGUAUGUUACGUUUGUGUAAUAUCCUUUUGUUAACGAGAUUCGUUUCAACCUCUAGUGGAAAAAUCACCGUUCGUUCGUCCGUUCGUUCGUUCGUUUGCUUUUCCGGGCUCGCCGGUGAGCGAGCACCUUUUCGAAAAGCGCCUCUCCGAUCACACCUCUGUGAUGAUAAUCAGUGAUAAAAUCGGCAAAUCGCGCGACGAAGUAAUGUCGUUUAGUCCCUCGUCUCGGCUUCUCUCGUUUUCUCGUGCGCUUCGCGACCUUCUGGCAUUCUCUUCCGGUAAUCGCCACGCGUUUACCUCGCACACGGUAAAAAAGACGAUGGAAAGUGAAUCACGUUGGGAUCACUUCGUAGAGUAAUUGCCUGUUUGCGCUACGCGAUCUCGUUAGAGUGUCGUUCGCGAUAUUCGCUGCAAAGUCCGUCUUUCGCCGGCGGGAACGCGUUGUAUCGCAGCGCAGCAUAACGCUGUUAGCGUUGCGUUCACGCAGGAGCCACGAAUGGAUCGCAAUUUUUACGCAAGUCGAUCUCGCGCGACGUGUGAAGAAGAGAUCCAUCCAUCCAUCCAUCCAUUUGCCUGACGGCCUGUGCAUUUCGCUUUAACACAGAGAUUCCCAAAUUUAUUCCGCAUUUGUUCAGAUAUGCACGAGAAACCGUGUCGCUAUAGAAGAGGAUUCCAGUUCGUAAUUGAGGAAGAAAUUACACAGUUGUCUCACGCUUGUCGAAUUAUCUCUCGCCGUGGAAUCCUCAGGCAAUCUCGAGCGGAUAUUUGCGCACUGAAAACUCUGCGGGACGUAAUAUUUCACAAGCGUGACGUUUUCAAUACUAGUUGCAUUAAAAAUUGCCAAAGCGCAAGGUGCACUGUUUGUGCAAGAUUGUCUUGAAUUUAAGAAAAGAAGAACGAUAUUACAUCGCUUGCGCGCGUUUGUGCGCGCGUAUACGCCCGCUCUUUAAAGGAAACUUGAAAGUUUAAUUUCCGAAGCGCGCUUUGCGGCAUUUUUCUUAAAGCAAGAUCAACUGCGAAUUAUGGCCAAGGAAUCUAUAAGUAAGAGUAGCUCGGCAAGUCUCCAAACAUCCUGUGUAAACUUUUCAGAAGCAACUUUUUUAGAUAAACUUCUGCAUUCAUUACACUGGUAAGAGAAAGAAAACGCGUCAAAGAUGAGAAGUGGAUUUUCCUGCGCAAACCCGUCGUCUCUCGCCGCCGCUUUGAGAACCUCUGCACCCACAUAUCAUUCUCGUAACAAGAACGUAGAUAGCAUGAAAAAAAAAACAUACAACGACAAAGAGAUGUCUCGCCGCACUCGUCGCGUUUUCCGCCAAAUAAAAGACACAACAAUAAUGCCGUGUUAUCGGAUAAACAGUUCAUCCACGAAUUCUCGCGAAUUACUUUUAUCGAGGUGCAAUAACUUCGUGGAAUGUCCUCUCGUGAUCCCGUGUCCAAAUGUAACAGAAAAUCACAGUGACGUCAAAAUGACGAGGAAAUAAUUAAUCGAGUCAUAAAUUUCUUUACUCGUUUUCUCGUCAUCUCGACAUCAUUUUGACGUUAUCAUAACUUUUCCUUCUGUCUACUUUAUUCUUCUUUUUACUUUUAAUCGUGAAAUUUUACACAAUAGCGCGUGUGUUUAAGAGCGCGAAUUACACGAGGCGCCGGGAACGUGCGCUCGAGUCGCAUUUUCGCACGACGGAAUCAAGUUAAUAUAAUGCAAUGAUUCUGCACUGGCCGCGUGCGCGAACCACACGUAACGUGUGUUGAAGCGCAUAUGUAAACGAAAGUCGCGUUGUGAAACUUCCUAAUGCACUCCCGACGGGAAGCACGUGAGAAGCAAAUUAGGCGAUGCGAGACAUAAUGCCGUUUGACAAUGCUAAUUUGGGCUAACUUCGUAAUAACUCCACGGGGAGGGAGCUUCAUGUUUCUGUAGUGAUUUUCCAACGGAGAGAUUUUUCAGCGCGUCGCAGGGGAGAAGUCUUGAAGAGCGCGCGAGUCAUUCUCUUUCUCUCUCUCGCGAGUCUCGUUUAGAAGAUCUAUCGUUUGUGCAAUCAUACCUCACUCCCAUACGAUUUUUCUCUCGAAUUCUUUCUCCGUAGUUCUCUUGAAAAUUCUGUUUUAGCUUCACUACACGGCUCUCAAUCGACCUCGGCGCUUCGUGUGUAUUCGUUAUCUCAAUGUAAACUGCUCCGGUGUUCUCUCGUGAUGUGAAUGCUCCUGGAUCCGAAAGGGCUAAACGUUCAAGAAACCGAGGGACAAACAUGGGGGUUGAUCCAAUUCGAUGCGGAACUUGGGCUGAAGCAAUGCGAGAGGCGAUUUCAGAGCUUUAUCUUAAUGAGCGUUUAUCCAACACGGGGAUAUGCGGAGGCGACGAAAUGUGUGCGAGUAAGGAGAUGUGUAUGUGUGUGUGUGUGUGUGUGUGUGUGUGUGUGUGCGUGCGUGUGUCGCUAUUUACAAACAGAGCUUUAAUAGAGAGAAUUUGCAGUCACGCGGAACCAAUCUACAUAAUCUUACGUAUACGCGGUGACGCAUCAAUCGUGCUCGCGCCAAAUCGUCAACGGCGAGACGCGUUAACCCUUUUCUGAUCGAGCCGAGAGAGAAUGGAGUUUCAAGUAACUUUACAAUGAAUUAAGUUAACAGUUAAACUGCGAUACGUUUGAACGCAUUUUAACGUUUACUGUUAUCUGAUUAUCCAAUUUUGUGUUUUAAUUAGCCCUGUAAAGGGUUAAACAUGCUUAUUGAAACAAGAUUGUUUCUCGAUAACUCGUUAUUCAUUAACUACGCGAUAUCGAGUUAGAAUUAUUAGCUAGAGAAUCUAUUAGCUGAUUGCUGUAUAUUUUUCCAUAUUUUCCAUAUUCCGUAUUUUGUUUGCACAUGUCUUGAUUUUACAUAUAUACGAAUAGUGUUCAGAUUUUAAAAAGGAGAAGAAAGUUAACCCGCUUAUUAUCGUUGAAUUCUCAUGCGUUCUAUCUUUCUAUCUUUUCUAUCUUUGUUUCUCGGAACUCUUAUCUCACACGCGUUUAAUGUCUUUUGUUUUCUUCCUUUUUUAUCUCGAAACACGUUCACGUUAGCAAGGAAUAAAAGCCACUGCUUAAUUCUCAAAUAAGAAGUAGUCGGACGUUUCGUGCGACACACGAGAUCAAGUCUGUACGGAGAGAAUAUUGUAAUGAAAAUUAGAUUCCUUUUUACCAUGUUUUUUACAGAGCUGGAUGGUACUGUAAAAUUGUGAAAUUGUUGUGUAAACAACACAAGUAAUAUAAAAUUAAUACGAAAAUGUAACACUUGGACAGUAUUGCGUUAUUUAGAAAAAAUGAAUAUUGAACUUACAACGCAGAGAAAGUCGAAAUAACAUAACGACAAUACGUGAAAUUAACACACGAAUACGUUAAAAAUUUCUACGCAGAUCGAGAUUUCAAUAUUUUUUACCGUGUAUCAUAUUAAAUAUUUUUUAUCAAAUAUUUUUUACCGUGUACAAUAUUUUCUCCGUGUCUCUCUUCUAUCUAUUUCCAGAUUAACGAGGCAUUGGUUAUACAUUUUUCGCGUCCCAAUUGGCAGUUCACAAAUAUCCGUUGAUCUAUCGGCCGUGUGACCAGUUUCGAAGCAACUUAAUAAUUGCCACGAAUACCCGGAUUAUAACACGCAAUAACGAAUAGAUUAAUUGUGAUUUUCGGCGAUAUCACGCGACUAAUUGGAUCGAUGAGUGAGCCGAGGUUGAAAUUAUUAACGCGAGGGGUUUAAUGGCUGGAAUAACUCGACGAUCGUGGAUGGAAGUCGACGCGCUUCUUAUAUUUCGAGGCUCUCCGUGUCCCGGAUAUUUUUUUUAUUACUUGUCAUCGUCGCGCAUUUCUUACAACGGCACCGUAAUGACGCGCAUCGCUUCACCGUUUGAAAUUUUCAAAGAGCACUGCGAAACAUUUGUUUGAUCGUUAUCGAUGCAUCAAUGCGCGUUUCCGAGCAUGUUUUAAAUCACAAGCCAGACGACCCUUCCUCUCUUCUUCUCGCAACGAGAGUUGCUUCAGCUUGAUGAACAUAUAAUUGCAAUGCGGCGGCCAUUAAUUGCGCUUCGUAGUUUGCAAAAACGACAGCGCAGUGCGCGCGCGUACAUAAUACGGCUAAAUGAAUUUACGAUAAAGCGGCUGAGAAAUGGAAAUGAGGAGAUUCCGUGAAAUAUAUGCUGCGAUUUGUCCGGCGCGUUUGCUCAGUGGAAGCAAUGCGAUUUCCACGGUUUGCAAUAUCGUGUCUCGAAUCUCUCGAUUAAUUUCACUAUUCCGCCUAAGCAGAGAAUUUGUCGGCGAUAUUACGGGUACACGUGUAUGAAAUGUGAUAUUUAUAAGUGCGCUGCCGUGGCACACGCGACACGUGUACGUAACAGACACUGUUAAGCCGCUGGGAAUUGAAACUCGUGUGAACCCUUCGCGGGACUACGAUCCUCUUAAGUUUCCGGGGCAAUUAAUGCACGUUUUGUUAAUUCGGCACGAGCAAAUGCGUCGGACUCUUUUUCCCUGAACUCGCUAAAAUCGCGGCUAACCGCAACGUCCGAAAUAGAAAAAGGCGUGGAAGGAUGUCUCUUAAUUUAGCCGAGUCACUGAUCGUACGCUGCUCAUUCUCGUUGCUCUAUAUUUUUCGACAAUAACCCCUUGAACGUUUCAGCAUCGAACGCGGAUGCGUUAGCCAUUUCAAGCGCGUCAGGACCAAAACUAUUCCACCAAGUGUUUUGCGCUCGCGUUGCGGUAGGACAAAAUUGUCCCGUCGAAUAUUUCCACCCCGGCACCGUUUUGCGGUCGAUAUUGGAAGGGCUAAAAACUCGAGGAAAUUGGAUCUGCUUGUGUUUGAAUGUGUUCGCGUUUAUAUGGCACGGUGCGUUUUGGGGAAAAACGUAAGUCAGGUUGGAGAAUUCUGCGGGAAAAAAAUGCGUCCCUGACCGAGUAUCGGCGCACGUACGAGUCGUGCGGCGUUCACUUCAUUUUUUAAUAUUACGUCAACUGAAUUCACGUAAUUACUCAACGUGUUACGGUUUCAAGCUCUCCCUCUUGAAAGUUUCGCGAAACGUACAGCUCGAUGUUGCGGUAAAUGGAGUCAAACAAUUGACAAGAACUAAUUGUCAUCAAACGUCACUUCGACUUGUAUACCGAUGUCGAUUUUCUCGUAACGAGGACUCUGAUGACAAUCGUUGAAAAUUGCUUUCGAAAAUCGCUGUUUCUGUUUUUUUUUUUCUUUUUGGCAGAAGAACGACUCGAGACGCAAGCUUUCUCGGCCGAUUUCCCGACGCAGAAAGCUCGAAACGGUACUAAUACCGACAAAUGGUGCGACAAAUCCGAGCGAUAUGGGGCCAUACGUAUAGUAGUGUAAUGUAUACGAAUGCUUUCACCUUUGUUUAUCGACGGAGAAAAGUGAAUGAGAAUAACAUGGUGCUAAGUCAUUCCUCGUUAAAGGGGAACGACGUCGUACGUUACUACGAACAUUCGCGAGUUUCCAGCAUCGCGUACACACUGUUCGCGCGCGUAUGCUUGCCUGUGAUAUACUUUUAACGGCGCUUGAUUGCUAUCACACCGCCCUUGGAUCGUUAAUCGCUUCGCGAAUCUCUCGAGGGCUUCGACACUGGGCGACAUAGUACGAAUUUUGCACGUACUCUCUCCCCCUUAAGAAGAUCCUCUUAGUGAAAGAAUAAAGGAAUAAAGGAACGGAUCUUAGUCUCUCUCAGUAAUCGUCUCCUGGAUUGUGAAACGUUACGUGAUUUCUUUUCAUUUAUAAGUAGCCUUUCGUAUCUUUCCACAUUUUUUUCAUUCGCUCAUCUUCGCUGAAAAUUGACUCGUUUGAGAAUUAAAAGUUAAUUGUAUGUAGACAGAGAGAGAAAGGGAGAGACUUCGCCCCUAGUUCAACAAAUCCAAUAUCGCUUCUCUAAGUGGUAAAUAUUUACGUCGAAAGCCAAGGAGAUCGAUCGUAAUCAUAUGAGAAUGACGGUGAUGAUAAUAAUGCUGAUUGUAAUUAAUAAUUUUAUCAAUUAGUCGUUGUAUGAGACGCGAAGUGUAUGUGUGUGUGUAUGUGUGUGUGUACUCCGGAGGAAAAUUAAAUAUUUAAAAACGGCUUGCCGAUUCAGCGAUUCAUACUUAGUCGAUUGGCGUUUAAAUUAUAAAAAUCGCGUGGAUUUCGGAUUUAAAAAAUCAAGCCGAGCUCGAUGACGGCGUUUCCGGAACCGCAAGAGCGAACGCAAACAAGAGGACGUCCGAGAUUAAGUUGCUAGAGUUUAAGUAUGGCACACCCGUUCGGUGUGCGAGAUACCUGCCUCGAGUACGAUCCAAUCUCUGACGCAAUGCCGAUCUUUCCGAAAAGUUUUGCCAAAGAGAUAUUUUACUAGACGCCGCGCAGUGUCCGAACUGAGACAUAUCCACGCCUGAGCAUAAGUUUCCUGAAUAUUUUCACCCUGGGAAUGAGGACGAGAAGAUGUUCAGAGCUUGGAGAGAAUGUAUUCGGGACAAGUGCCUCAAGUCAUGACUCGCAGAGCGAAUUUAUUUAAUGAAUUUAAUCGUCCUACAUAGAGAGACAAGAAGAAGUGAUAUCCUCGUCGUCUGAUGGAAAGCGCGCGCGCGAUCACGCGCUUUCCUCUCGCGCCUCGCCAUUGUACUUUUCCUCUCCUCUUUCUUCUCUACUCGAUCGACCCAGCUCAGCAGAGAGAACAUUGAAUUUAUUAAUCGACCAAUUUCUCUAAGCUUACACUUUAAACUAACGUUUACAAAGAAAGGAAGAUAUAUAUAUAUAUAUAUAUAUAUAUAUAUAUAUAUAUAUAUAUAUAUAUAUAUAUAUAUAUAUAUAUACAUACAUAUAUAAUUAUUCUCGAUCGUAAUUAUAUCGUUUAAUGAUCAAGGGGCCUUUUAUGUAUGAUGAGAGCAAUCGUUCGGAAUUCAUAAAAUUACGAGAUUACAAUAAAAAUUUAUUCCAAGCGAUACAUUCAUUGGAAUAUCGCUAUAAAAGAAAACCCGAUAUAUAUGAAUAAGAGUCCCUGGUUUUAAUCUUCCCUUGAUUCCUCGAUCGACAAGAUCGGCACGUCGUACCCGACGUCUUUCGUAGAUAUAAUCCGAUAGCGUAAGGAUAUGUAAUGAUAAGGCGAAAGUAAGAAUUGAUAUACCACGAGGAAUGUUACAGAGCAAUAAAGUUUAUUCACAUGA